AUGACGCAUGCUGAGUACACGGAUGACGACGACGCGAUCGUGUGUGCUUCCGUACACGAUACCUCCGAUGACAAUAGACACACGGAACGUAUAGACGAAAAUCGAUCGGCACCGUUGAGGCUGCGGGAGAGCGAACACGGAAAAGAUGAGGAUAUGAGAAAUAAGCACAACAGAAUGAGGCCAGCGGGACGUUAGUG